UUCGCGGAGUGCGCCACGGCCCGGAUGGCUUGAGCCAACAUGAGAGUGAGACGCGGCGUGGACGUGCGCCUCAUCGCCCUCUGCACGACCUGCAUUCUACUGCCGGCCAUCGCGUGCCCGUCGCAGUGCAUAUGCAAAUGGAAGAACGGCAAGCGGUACGUCGAGUGCUCCGAGAAAGACCUUAAGGCGAUACCGAACGCCCUCGAUUCCGAGACACAAGUCCUCGACUUCACCGGCAACGAUCUUCAGGUACUGCAGAAGGAGACGUUCCACAAGCUCGGCCUUCUCGACCUUCAGAAAAUAUAUCUACAAAGAUGUAGACUGCAGAAAAUAGACAAUCAAGCUUUCAAGGGAUUAGCCAAUUUGGUGGAGCUUGAUUUGUCUAAUAACUAUCUGACAGUAAUACCGUCGAACAACUUUGUAUACUUCCCGUCUCUGAUGAGGCUGUCGCUCAAUAACAACCCGAUCACGAGCAUCAAAACUCACUGUUUCCAGCACUUGUCUUAUUUAAACACCUUAGAACUAAGCGAUUGUAAAAUUGAGUCGAUCGAGAGAGAAGCAUUUUCCGGAUUGAAUCAUCUCGAAUGGCUGCGACUGAACGGCAACAGGCUAUCCAAUAUCCAAGGUGAAAAUUUAUUUCCCGAUACGCUCCGCGGAAUCAACCUGCAAAAUAAUAAUUGGAAUUGCGAUUGCCACUUGAGAGAUUUACAUAGUUGGCUGAUGAAUUUCAAUAUGCCGCACGCGGUCGAGCCAAUUUGCUCGCAUCCCGAACGUUUGAGGAAGCGUACCAUCACUAGUGUGGCCGUAAACGAGCUCGCUUGCCAACCCAAAAUGAGUCCUACGUCCGUGUUUUUAGAGACGAACGCGGGCAAUAACGUAACACUCGAAUGCUUAGUGAAAGCUAUACCAGAGGCAAAAAUAACCUGGCUAUAUCAGGGACAGGUCAUUCAUAAUUAUUCGACCAUGUCGCCGGAACCCCGCGUGUAUUACGUGGAAAACGGACUCACUGACAAAAAAAGUGAGCUAUACAUAUUAAACAUAGGCAAUGAGGAUAACGGCACCUACACAUGUGUGUCGGAGAACCCGGCAGGGAGGUCGCGGGCAAAUUACACAUUACGAAUUUUAAUGAAAGAGGAACCGGUGGUGGUUGUAGUUACCUUCCCUCAAAGACAUCUUGUUGUGAUAGUUACAGUAGUGUUUCUCAUAAUAGUGUUAUUGAUAGCCAUAAUAGCUGUAGUUAUGCUUAAAUUCAAAACCGACACGAGGAGUCGGAAGAAAAAAGAAAGCGGAAAGGACGUGGCUCUGUGCAAUCAAAUACUGCCAUCCAGCAGAAGCAACGGAAACAUACCGAAAAACAAUGGGAGCGUCAUUGUGAACGCACACUCGCAUCACGCACUACACUACACGGUACAAACGAACCGUGAUUACGAGACGAGCGAUGUGUAUCAAAGCGAUAACAUGAAAGGCUUCGUCGACAGAAAUCCUGACCUAAUUAGCGACGCGGAAACAGUGGCGAACAAUGCACACGAUGAGAACACUGUGAUGUCAGUGUACAAAGCUCAGACCGGAGGUGACGGAUUUGAAGAGGAGACCGCGUUCACCGCACCCGCUAUGCCGCGCCAAGUCACGUGGCAAGACCAACAAGCUAUGAAUACUAUGAACAUAGCUCCAAACACUUUGAAUAAUAUGUACCAGCAUUCUGCUGACGUGCAUCUAAAUCCUGGAUGCUUUUUGGACAACGAUGGCUAUCCUUACGACUAUGGUCUACCAAAGCAUCCGUGCCGGCCUCCAAUGAUGUCAAAUUAUGCCGUGGUAGGACCCUUCUACCAGACCUUGCCUCAUAACAGGCCCAAAGCGCAGAAGUUAGUCUGUAAGUUUGCCAAAGACACAGAGUUCAAUUCCGUGGUACCACCUUGUCCAAAUUUCGAGAUGUUUAACGCCGGCAACGUUCGUCGAACAUUAGAUGGGUAUCCGAUACCCAGGAAUCGACAGAUAGCCUUCGUUGGAAACGGAACUGUGUAUUACAACGAAGAGUUUGUCCCAUCCCCACCUGAGGGAUACAAGACGGAUCCAGUUCAGUGUUGUGCACCCACUGAGGCUUGCAGUUCAUGGGUCAAUCCCAAAGGAACUUGUGCAGUGAUGGUGCCGAUGAAUGUGGCCGAAGGUCCCGGCAGGUGCUACCAGGUGGAGACUCGGUGCGUUGACACACAGACCACGGACGCUCGGAUGCCCGGCGAGGGCUCCGAAAGCGUGCUCAAGCCCUUGCCUCAAGUGUCGAAUGCAAAGUGUGCAGCAGACAUCUGUUCAGAAAGUCCCGACGAGGGCUACGUAGGUGACGCGAACGACAUCUGACGAAGACGACUCAAUGACACCACGUAAGCCCAAGGCUCAAGUGAUAAAGCGACUGAAUAUAAGUAAUUUUGUACAUAAUAGUGAAGGCAGCAUGAAGUGUUUACUGCGAGACUCCUACUAGGUAGAAUGGAUAAAAGGUUAAGCAUUUUAUCGACCUCGAUAGGUCCACGGUGACAAAGUCUAUCGCCUCGAUAUAAUGUUUACGAUUCGUAUCGAUCUCCCUGUUUUGCAAUUUUAUAUAUUUUAUAAUAUAGCCUAAUUCUUUUUACAUAGCAUUACAAGAUAGAAUUUUAGUGAAAUUAAAUAUAUUUUGUGUAAAGUUUAGGUUUUCUAAUAUAGGGGUGCCGACAGUUGACAUGAAAUUCUAUAAAUCACUUUUUUUUUGACAACAUGCCAAUGACGUCCGUCGACAUUAAACUACGGCAAAUAGGCGACGGUACUACCUUCUCAGAAAGCCCACGUUUAACACAUGUUUUUUAUUGUAUUUGAAUUAAGAUAUUUUCACCGCCAACUGGAGAAUUUCAGUAAUAACUAGGAAUAUAGAAUUUAUUUCGUUAAAUAAUUAAAAAAAUAUAAAGUAAUUAAUGAACUCAUUUCCUUUUUUUCUGUUUAGAAUAUUUUCGGCUUUGAUCGCAUGUUUCCUUGUACGAAUUAUAUUGUGUUCAUGAUUAUGUAAUUUGUUCUUUACGUUGUUUUAUAUUAGGACAAUCUUAAUUAACAAAAAAAUAUUAUUAUAAGAUUUUGUGUAAACCGUUUUGAUGGUGUUAUUUUCACUAAGUAUGUAAAUAGCGUGUAAAUAUUAGAUUUUAAUAUGACUUUUCUCCGAAAGGGAUUAUGUAGAAGUAAUAUUAAUAUCGUUAUCAGGGUAUAUCUCCCUUAAUAUAGCUGCGGUAUCAUUUUGGAGGUUAUUUUUUAAUAAAAGUGUGAUAAACUGCCAUUUAUUGGAGCAUAACGUCGAAUAAUAAUUAAAAAAUGCUUUAAACACACUGCAAUAUUAAACAAAAAUGGUAAUUUUUAUUACAAAGUUACAUAUAUGAAAAGCGUUUCACCUAUUAAGCUGUCACUACCAGAAAACAUAAACUCAUGCGUGAACAAUGACCAUUUUAACUACCGGGGAUAUUGUGGGUGUCGACCAUUGACGUGGUCGGGAUUGGGAGCAGUUUUCGCACGUCCGCGGCAUAUUGCGUUUGAUUCGAAGUAUUAACCUCAAACGAAGAAUAGGCCGGCAUAAAAACCUAUUUCAUUUCAUCUUAGAAAAUACCGCAAUUUAAACUAUUUUCUGUUAAGUUCAGGGGGUCCUAUUCCGUUUACAAGGGUAUGUCUUUUCGGAUUUACGGGCGUUGUUAUAGAAGUCCUUCUAUGGCUAUCAAACCUGUCCAGGUUUGAUAGCCAUAUAGGUAAAUAGGGGUUCUUUAGUUUUUGAUCUUUAUGGCUAUCAAAUCUGUCUUUCGAAUAGAACGCUCGUAAUUGCAAAAUGACGGAUCCGCCUCUAUAGACGGAGUAGGGCCCCUUGACCUUAUCCAUUAUAUCCAAUAUAAAUUAUACACCGUUCCAUCUUACAAAGCGCUAUUUGUAGCAUAUUUACGUUUUAACCUACAUUUUAUUUAUACCUGAGAAUGUUCUAAAGGUCAGGUUUUAUUUAUAAAUCUCACUCAAUCUAUGAAUCCACAACACAACGUAGGUAACCUCUGUAUCCUUCAGAAUGCAAUCUUAAACAUAGAUCUAACACCCCAUACGUCAAUAAGACACCCUUCCACCUAAAAUUACAAAUAUAGCGCCUCAUACAUUAAUUGUGCUAUAAAAGCAAGUUCCAAGUUGGGGAGAAGCGAACCGAAACCGACCCCAAGUCGUUAGAUAUUAUGGGAUGUAUUUAUGAUGGCAUUAGCCCAUACCUCUAAUUAUUUAAGUGUUGGACGCCGGCCAAGUACGCUAAAUGGGAGUAUCAAAGAGAGUUUCCUUAAUUUAUUAUAAUAAAUGGACUAACAGAUUCCUGAAUGAGAUGUAGUUAUAACAUUCAUGAAUAAUUUUGCUCGUAAAGAGUAAAAUUAAAUAAGGGCUAGUCGCGACAGUACGACUGAUAGAACAGCUACUUAAAGAUUUUCUUCUGUCCUAGAUUAAAACACGAGCUCAGCGACAAAAACCUUGUUGAUAUAACACAAUGGAUAAUUCAGUUUCGCAGAAUUCAUUUUUUAUUUGUACAACUAUUUAAUUUGCCAAUGCGAUUCACAUAUUUCUAUUUGUCCAAGCGUUUUUUAUCGUGUUCUGAAUUGUUCUCGGAAAAUUAAACAAAAAAACGAUUUUGUAUUUUAAAACAAUUUUAAUCAACAUUUUCGGUAUGUAUAUCCAAUAAUUGUUUUUGAAAUUACAACUCUCGUAUUUAUUUGUGGGAGAAUAAUGCUUCGGGAAUUUUGCGAAAAACGAUAGACCACAGUGAAAUUGUUUAAAUAAAGUAAAAUCUCAACUGUGGUUAAAAUUCCUGUGCUGAUCGAUCUACUAGAGUACUUUGAACAAUACCGUUCACACACAGGCGGGAACGCAAAAUAUUGGCGUUACAUUAUCAAACUGUAAUAUGUUAAAUCAAGUUUCACACAUUGCCACCCUGUAGAUCCUGGGUUCCUAACCUUAAGGGUAGAAACCCCGGCGGGGGUAAAUUAGAUAAUUUACUAGCUAGCUACUUCAUGGGGGUAAUAAAGAACCUAAAUAUAGGAUCGUAAAAUAAAAAAAUAUACAGAGCUGACAUUAAAAUUUGUAAGGCUGUCGUGCAAUUUAUGAUUAAUAAAGAUAUUGAAAUAAAUUCGCGUAAACAUAAGAAAUCAUUAUGAUUAAUAAAGAUGUGUGUAUUUGCUUCUAUUGUUUGUUUUGAUAGCAUUUUUAAGGCGGGAUAAAUAAGUUUUCCACAUAGAUCACAAGGGUAACAAUAUUGAACGUUCAGGAACUACUGGUCUAGAUCGUCAUAGCUUUUAAAAUCAGAGGUGUUAUAUUCACGUCAAAUUGACACAAAUGCACCUGAUGGUAAGUGGAAUUAGAUCCAAUAGAAUUUCGAGGUAUAUCUAGGUAUAAAGCCGACACAGUAUAUACUACAAAAAAAUACAAAAAAUAAUGAUUUCUUAUGUUUACGCGAAUGUUAGACAUUGAAAUAAAACUAAAAACUAUUUAAACGGAUUUUAUCACAUUAUUGUGACCAUGAAGGCUGCAAAGUCUUCGAAACGUCGGGAGAAAAUAAUAAUAUAAAAAACCGCGAUAAAAUCCGUUUAAAUAGUUUUUAGUUUUAUUUCAAUACAAAAAAUUUCAAUUGAUUACUAGAUAGAUUUUUGUUUACAUUCCUGAAACUGAUGAAAAUUAUUCAAUUGUUUUCACCUUAAAAAUUAUAAAUUUAUCCAGGUCAUAGGAAACUUAUGUAAAAUUUAAACUCUAUCUGUGGUCUGUAGUCGCCUGACGGCAGCUAUUAAAGUCGCGGUUAAAGUGAAAUCUAUGCCCGCUCGCUCCAAACUACUGAAAAGAUAUGCUACUUUAGUUGCAUACAUUUUGCUCACAGUAAUAUUCAUUAUAACUUCUUCCCUGGGGAUUUUAUGAUUUUAUGCGGCCUUUGAUUUCGCACGUGCUAGCAAAAAACAACAAAAUAACAUCCCAUACCGCCUGUUAACUAGGAAAAUAUGCCUUUUUCGGUUCGAGUCGUUGCAGUCACCAAAAGGUCCUUUAUUCGAAUAUUAGACAGGACAUCGUGACAUCUACAAGUAGUGCUCAUGCGCAGUAAAUUGUACAAAUUCCGUUAUAUUAAUGCGUCAUCACUGAUUUAUAUAUGGAUUUAUUGAUGUAUUAAAAACAAUAAGUUAAGAAAAAACAAACACUAAUAAGAUAAAUAUGGCAAAAAAUAACCUCAAAGUGAUACCAAAAUAGGGAAAUAUGUAAAAACUAAUCAUAACACUAUCUUUUGUAAGAGAAACAAACUUUGAAAUGUCUUCAUUUUUUAAAUGUUAAACGGAUAGCAAUAAUUAAAAAGCUACAUAACAGCGGUAAACAAAUAAGUUAAAUUUAACCGUUAAUUACAUACGGUUAGCGUUGUGUGGUGGAUACGAAGCGGAUUACACGUUAAACAUCAAAUUAACUUUAUGAAUUUAACUGUGAUUUGCAUUUACUGGUUACUAAACAAUGAAAACAAAUGUUAUAAUAAUAUAAUAUUAAUGUUUGAAUAAUAGACAAAAAUCAUCUUUUGUUUUAACUGAAGCGUUAUACGAAAUAAAGUUUGAUGCAUCGAGCUUGCAAAAGUUUUUAGUUUUAUAAUUUUUCUAAUAUUAAAGUGCUCAUGACAACAAACGAAUGAAUUUAAAUGUUCGAAACUUUAAUUUAACUGACUGUUGAACACAAAUAAAAAGUUGAAAUAGACUCGUGAGCAAUUUAAAUAGAUUGAAACUUUAACAUUUUUCAAUAUAGCACCACUAUAUUGAAACAUAGUUUUUAUUUCUAUCAGUACGCGUUACAACUGAAUAUGUAAGUGUAAUUCAAUAUUAUCUUUUAAAUUCAAAUAUUCUUAAUAAUGCUAUCCUAAAAAGAUACUACUUUUUGUCCGACUCAUACAUAGCAACGUAAGCAAGCGAUCUUAAUUGCCAUUAGUUUUACGAGAGGCUUUCAACGUUUAAGUGAUUUUGCACUGAAAAAGCAAGAGUUUCUUAGGAUUUGAAUUGAAUAUAGACUUACUCUAUGACAUCAUGAAAUAGUAAAAAGAUCAACAAUCUAUGGACACUAGUCGUAGCUUUCAUAAAUAAAAUCGUAAGCUAAUAAUAAGGCAAGCUCUAAGCUACAUGAUCUAUAUCAAACUUCGUUUCCUCAAAACAAGGACUAAGUAACAACCCACAAAGAAAAUAGAUCAUAAGGCUCUGCCGACAUAAUAAUUCACAGGAGAAUAUCAAAACGAAAUUAAGUUCAGCAUUUAUAACUAUAAUUUAAUUAACGCAAAUGGAUGGAGUUUGGUAACUCUCAACUUAUGUGAGUAAGAUAGAUUGGUGUUGAGUACAGUUCAUUGUUAUACAGGGUGUUAUGAAAAGUAUGGGGAAGAAUGUGUAUGAAGAUUAUUAGAUAGUGUAAAAAAGAAUCACUCUAUGAUCAGAUAUUUUAGUAUUACGACACUCAAAUCAAAUUUUAACAAUAUUAUUAUUAUUUAAGAAAUUAUAACAUUCACGUAGAAAAUGUAUCCGUUGACUUUUACCUGAUUUAGAGCAAUAAGACGAACAAAAACACAUUAAAAUUACCAACAUGACUUCCAAGACAUGAAAGGGAUAUAAGCCGAAAUAAUGUUGCUCUUAUUUUCUGUUUAUUGAAGAGUUACAAAUAUUCUCUCGUGGAUUUGAGAAUAUUGAACCCCUUUUCUGCAACAACCUUUAUAUACAGUCAACUUUUGAUAAUAAUUUUCAACUCAAUAUACUAGAAUAAGGCCUUAAGGGGUUGAACUUUAGCGUCAAACUUUGUCUAUUGUUCAAGCACUCUCAAAUUACACAAAUUAUAGAGUUGGGAGUACUGCACGGCGUUUGCUACGAAAUUGUAUGCUACGCACGAAACGCUACGGUUCUACUGCUACGCGUGUAGUGUGUUCUAAGCCGUGCUACGCAUUCGUAUAAUCAACGUGGCUUAUGCAUUGCGGACGUGAGCUUUCAUUUCGCAUGCUAAAAAAUAAACAUGUUCAUUCAUUUAAUAAAAAACUUAAUGGUUUCUUUGAAUUAUUAUGUAAUGCAAGUAUAAUUUAUUAAGAAAUUAAACUAACUGUAAUGCUAUUACAAUAUGUUUAUGUAUUCUUAAAACAAUUAUUCUCAAGUUAUAAACAAAUUUAAAUGUUUUAAUGAAAUUUAAGUGAGAAAGCAACUUCUACGUAAUGCCACAACUUCUUCAAAACUAAUACGUCUGAUGUUUUAAAUAAUGUAAUCAUAUUCAAGUACGUAUGUAUAUCUCAUAUUAUGUUAGAAAACGAUAUGUUGAAAUAGUUUCUGAGAAUUUGAACUUUGAAAUUGAAAGUUGUUUAACAAUAGCUUAACAAUACAAACAAGGUCAAUGAUCAGACUUUGUUAAGUGCUUAUUAAUGAAAAUAAAAUUUAAUACCGAUAUUUCAUAUAAAUGUGAUUUGUUGUUAUGUAAAAAAACAAUCUUGAAAAAAUUUACAUAGACUUUUAGACGAGGUCUCUUGUAUUUAAAUUUUUUUGCAAUUAAAUGUCGAGACGAGCUAUUCGCUCGGGAAAAUUGUAUAUGAGCAGUCCCGGCGUUUAAUAUCACACAAGAGAUAUUUGGCUAUUCUUGUCAUUGUUAUAUAAGAAACAAAAUAAAAUACUAAAUAUGAUUAUUAAAAUUCAAAGUCAAAUGUCUCCGCCGUGUCCACCACACACCGCUUUUUGCACAAUCGGAUAGACUGUUGUCUAUAACAACAGACAGGUUAGCUCCCCGAGGUAUAGCACAAAGAUAUCACGAUGUUACUCUUAGUGGAAAAUCAAAUUGUAGA